AUGAAGGGACUAGACAACUACCUCAAAGCAACUGGGGAUAUGCCCUUCACGAGUCAAGACCCUCUCACACCUCCUCCCUCGCCGAAAGCAGACCCGCAAAUACAAGAGCCAGCACCCAUAACCUCGACCUCCGACCCCAAUGCCAUGCCCUCUUCUCCCACAUCACCCUCUUCUCAUCCAAUUCCAAACCAUACAACAGACAUCUCCAUCUUCGUCUCAGCAACCGAAUCUUUCUCGCGCGCCAACACAAACAACACCAUCGCCUCCUCCCUCCAAGCCGUACAAUCCAUCAUAUCCCGCGCAAAACCUCUCAACAUUCGCGUCCGAGGAUACAUAUCCUGCUGCCUCGGCUGCCCCUAUGAAGGCCUCGACGUUUCCCCUGCCGCUGUCGCCGGCAUCGCCACCUCCCUCCUAGAAUACGGCGUCGACUCCGUCUCCAUCGCCGACACCAUCGGCACUGGUACAGCCCCGAAAACGACCAUGUUGCUGAAAACGCUGUCUGCAGCGGGCAUUGCGCCAGCGGAUAUAGCGCUCCAUUUCCACGACACGUAUGGGCAGGCGUUGGUGAAUACGGUAGUGGGAUUGGAGCACGGGAUCAGGAUCUUUGACUCGGCGGUUGGUGGAUUGGGCGGAUGUCCAUUUGCGGGACAGGCGACGGGCAAUGUGAGUACGGAGGAUUUGGUGUAUAUGUUGCAUAGUCUGGGUAUGCAGACGGGCGUUGAUAUCGAGGAGAUGAGCCGUAUUGGGGCGUGGAUUUGUGGGGAGCUGGGACGGGCGCAUGAGAGUAGGGCGGGGAAGGCGGUAUUGUCGAAGUUGAAGAAGGAGAAAGGGUCGUAG